AUGCAUUCAGCAUUUCGCAAACGCAAAGUCUCGCGAGUGAUAAGGGUUUUAGGCGCGACGAAAUGUAGGAUCGGUAAAAAAUGGUUGGACGGCAAACGCAAGCAAACUCAAUGCAUCACAAAGAAGACCAAAAGGCAAUCAAUUGGCACCAAAACUUCUUAUGCCAAGCCUAAGCGGCCAGAAGCAGUCACCAACAAGGCAAGACAUGUAUCGAUAAAAGAAGAGACUCGAAGUAAACCACCUAAGCAAGUACAACAAGGCGAUCUCUCGGCCCUCCUCUCGGGGUCGUGGGAGGAUAAGAUCGAAAGAAUUACUCACUGCGUGGGCAAGGCCGAUGACCGUAAGUGUCCGGCUGUUUACACACUUUGGAAGGACGGAAGAAAGGCCAUAUUUGAUUGGCACGUCAUAUGCGAGAAGUGCCCGAACAUGUUGGGCCUUUUAGUCAACGACCUACUCGACGAUUCUAGUUAG